AAGGAAAAGGAAAAAAGGUACUCGAUUCCGUGUCUGCUGUCUUUCAAGCUCAGCCAAAGGCCGAAGCUCCUUCAACGUGCUCUUCCUCUAAACUAAGCCUUCUACCCUCUCUCGCCACCGAACCUUCGCGGCUCCACCACAAAUUCUGAUUCGAUAAUAACAUCCAGCUUCCUUUCUUCUUUUGAGAACGGAUCCUUCGAAGUUGAUCUCUGCUUAGAGCCGAUUGAAAAAGUGUUUAACAGUGGAAUAUCCAUUCAAGUCUGUAGGAGGCACUUGUUUCUUUUAUAUUCAGUUGCAUCUGAUAGAGCAGUAUCUACACAAGACAAAUAAAGUUGAAAAGAAUCAACAGUGACUUUGCUGUGGGGUUCUUAUACUCUGUACCAUGCUUAAGGUCCCAAAUCAUCAGGUUGCUGGCCACCAGGCAGGUGAUGGAAAGCUUGGUCCUUUGGUAGAUGAUUCAGGGAACUUCUACAAGCCUCUUCAAAGUGAUGAUCGUGGGUCCAAUGAAGUAUUUUUCUAUACAUCGUUCUCUUCCAACACUAACAUUCCAAAUCACAUCCGCAGAUUCUUUCCUACUUUUCAUGGCACUCAGCUUAUAGAGGCAUCCAAUGGGUCUGGGAAGCAACCUCAUCUUGUGUUGCAAGAUAUAUUCUCCGGUCGCCUCAAUCCAUCUAUCAUAGACAUUAAGAUAGGAUCCAGAACAUGGUACCCUCAAGCAUCAGAGGACUAUAUCCAAAAGUGCUUUAUGAAAGACACAAAAAGAUCUAGCCUUGCACUGGGGUUUAGGAUAGAUGGGUUGCAGAUAUAUGAGAGUGAAGGAUCAGGGUUCUGGAAGCCUGAUAGGAAGCUUAUCCAUAAAUUUACUGCGGAGGAUGUUAGGUUAGUCCUGAGGCGGUUUAUUUCUUCUAACUCAUUUGCAGGUGUGGACCCUGAUUGUACUUUUGCAUCAACUAUUUAUGGUGGUUCUGGGGGAAUUUUGGCACAAUUGCUGGAGCUCAAAGAAUGGUUUGAGCAUCAAACGAUUUUUCAUUUCUAUUCUUGUUCAGUUCUUAUGGUGUGUGAGAAGGAAUCAGUAGUGAAAGAAAUGAGUUCCGGUGCUGAAGUUAAACUUGUUGAUUUUGCACAUGUCGUGGAAGGCAAGGGUAUUAUUGAUCAUAACUUCUUGGGUGGGCUCUGCUCUUUGAUAAAGUUUAUCUCAGAGAUUCUGACCUGCUCAGACGUGCAUACAGCUAAAGCUUCUCUGCAAGACCCUUGAAAGAACUGCUUUUAUACCAAUUGUGACACUGAUAAUUGAACAGGAUGUCUUAAAUAUAGGCUUCCUCACCUCACUGAUUGGCCUGUAGCUUCCCCCUAGAUGUUGAAAUCUAAAGUACCGUUUAGAAUUGUAUUACUUUCCACUUUAUUUGGAACUAAAAUUUUAUUGACAUUGUUGAGGCUGUUUCUGCGAAUGACUGUUCAAGAAGUUUCCUCAGUGCUGUUGUUGCCCUUCUAAGUUUAUAUAUCUCGAAAUGCAUAACCAUUGAAUAUUGAUUUGUGGCGCUUACUGAAUACUAUUACUUAAUUUUUCUAGUUAUGUUCCCCCUCUAUGUUGUUUGCUACGUAGUAUCUAAUGGCCCAUUCUUGCAUUUGGAUUGUAGCCAUUAUUACCAAUAGUGCUAACAGCUAAGAGGGGAAAAAAUGGUGUCUGGGCUGCUGUGAGACUUGCAAUCAAAGGAAAAAUGGAAAGCAGCUAAUUUUGGACCCUCUAAGCAGCGAAUUUCUUGUGCAAGCAUCUUAAAAUUCUGAGGGCACAGACCCAUGGUCCAGAGGGAGUGGAUGCUUGGAAAUCAUUGGAUGCCAUAAUGUUGUACCCUUUUUCUAAGGAAUUUUCCUGCAGUAAUGAGAUCUUCCCUUCUGCAUGCUUGGAUGCUGUUCUUAAACAGGUUUUGCUUUGUACCACAGUUAC